UAUCUGGAUGGCCUACUAAAGGAAAAUUUGCAUGUCCUGUUUGUCGUGAAAAUACAUGUUCUGAUUGGUUAUCACAUAGUCAUAAGUUCACCUAUAUGGGGCAUAGAAGAUUUCUUGCUCCAGAUCAUCGAUUUCUUUUCAAAAGAAGUUGGUUCAACGGGUAUAAUGAAAAUACGAGACGACCUAAGAUAUCUACAGGUGAAGAAAUUUAUCGUGAAGUGAACGAGAUUACGAAUACUUGGGGAAAGACGAAUAAGAAAAAACCAAAAAAGAGAAAGCAUACGGAUACAAAUUCAUUAAAAGAUUCUUUAUGGAAAAAAAAAUCUGUCUUUUUCGAGCUACCAUAUUGGAAGAAUCUCUUGGUGCGCCAUAACUUAGAUGUCAUGCACAUUGAAAAAAAUAUUUGCGAGAGUAUUUUUGGUACACUUUUGAAUCAGAAGGGAAAAAUAAAAGAUGGACUUAAUUCUCGUAAAGACUUGGAAGAAAUGCAAAUUAGACGUGACUUGCAUCCUGAGAAGAGAGGAAAUAGAUUAUAUUUGCCCGCAGCACCUCACGCUUUAUCUAAAGCAGAGAAACUAUUUUUUUUGCCAACGACUUUACAAUCUGAAGUUGCCUGAUGGUUAUGGUUCCAAUAUUGCAAAUUGUGUCUCAUUGGCAGAUUGCAAAUUGAUUGGUCUUAAGUCUCAUGAUUGUCAUGUUCUUAUGCAACAAUUGUUAGUGGUGGCAUUAAAGGGACUUUUACCUAAAGCACCAAAAACGGCAAUUUUUAGAUUGUGCGUCUUCUUUAAUGAAUUAUGUCAGAAAGUCAUAGAUAGAGACAAAUUAGAAAAUCUUGAGGAAGACAUUGUUGAGACUCUGUGAAUGUUAGAAAGGUUUUUUCCUCCUUCAUUUUUUGAUAUUAUGAUUCAUUUAACCAUUCACUUGGGACGAGAAGCUAGAUUAUGUGGACCAGUACAAUAUCGGUGGAUGUACCCAUUUGAAAGGUAAAGUAUAAUAUGUGAAUUAAUGUCAUAACAAUUGAUAUAUAAGAAUGAAAAACUAAUUCAUAUAUAUUAUAUUUUGUUUUGUUGUUUCUAGGUAUAUGAAAGUAUUAAAAUGGUAUGUCAAGAAUCGUGCACGACCUGAGGGCUGUAUAGUUGAGUGCUACAUCGUUGAAGAGUGUGCUUUCUUAUGCAGCAAAUACAUAAAAAAAGCUAAUGAUAUGGGCUCGAGGAAUGCUCGCAAUGAAUAAUUCGAAAGUAGUUUGUUGUUAGAAGGACGUCCAAUUUCGAAAGGGCAACCAAUUGAUCUUUCAUAUGAACUUCUACAAGUUGCCCUUUGAUAUGUAUUGUUCAACACGGAAGA